GCAAAACAUCAUUUAAGAAAUGUAUUUGUUAAUGAGGUUUCAGUUGAAAUGCUGCUGUCUUGAGACAAACAGAAUGGAUUUGAUGUUUGAUUCACUGCUGAUGACACAGAGUGUGUUGCAUCUACAAUGAGUCUCUAUGAGUGGAAAGAGGAGGGGGAGGAUGAUGUUCAGACACAUAAAGCAGCAUCACCAGAACCCAGCUGUGUGUCUCUGAAGAGUGACACAUCUUUGCUGCUCCCCCCUAAUCUCAGUGAUGGAGCAGUGACCUCUGACCCUCAUUUCUGCAGAGUGAAGAGAGAUGUAAUCAGAUUGGUGAUGCCCUGUCGGACGGACUCCUGCACUGACUCCAACUCUCAGACCCUCAUCAGGCAGAGAGUCAAAGACCAACACAAAACCAGCAUGAAAAACAAGUAUGAGAGCUUAUUUGAGGGAAUCAAACAAGAAGAGAAUCAAACUCUCCUGAACAGGAUCUACACACAGCUCUACAUCAUAGAGGGAGAGAGUGAAGGAGUGAAUGAAGAACAUGAGGUUUUACAGAUGGAAAAAACAGUCAGAUCACAAGACACUACAAUCUACUGCAAUGACAUCUUUAAACCCUUACAACAACCAGGACAUGAGGAGAAAGACGAAAUCAAGACUGUUCUUACUAAAGGCAUCGCUGGAAUUGGAAAAACAGUCUCUGUGCAAAAGUUCAUUCUGGACUGGACAGAGGGAAAAGCCAAUCAGGAUGUAGAUUUCAUGUUUGUGCUUUCAUUUCGAGAGCUGAACUUGAUUAAAGAUCACCAGUACAGUCUUCACAGACUUCUGCUGGACUUUCAUCCUGAACUUCAAGACUUGGAAUCAAAGGCUUUUGAAGAGUGUAAAGUUGUGUUCAUCUUUGAUGGUCUGGAUGAAAACAGAAUUACACUGAUGUUUUCAGAGGAUGAGAAAAUCUGUGAUGUGAAUGAGUCUUCAUCAAUGGGUGUGUUGAUGUCAAACCUCAUCAGAGGAGAGCUGCUUCCCUCUGCUCUCAUCUGGAUCACCUCCAGACCAGCAGCAGCCAAUCAGAUCCCCUCACAAUACAUCAACCGACUGACAGAAAUUCAGGGAUUCAAUGAGCCUCAGAAGGAGGAAUAUUUCAGGAAGAGAAUCAGCGACGAGCAUCAAGCCAGCAGAAUCAUCUCACACAUUAGAAGAUCAAGAAGCCUCCACGUCAUGUGUCACAUCCCCGUCUUCUGCUGGAUCUCAGCCACUGUGCUUCAAAACCUACCAAAACAAGAUGACAGUGCAGAAAUCCCUCAAACUCUGACUGAAAUGUACAUCCACUUCCUGCUGACUCAGAUCAACAUGAGGAAUCAGAAGUAUGAUGAGACAAACCCAGAGAAACUCCUGAAGUCUAACAGAGACGUGAUAGUGAAACUUGCUGAACUGGCUUUCAAACAGCUGAUGAAGGGCAAUGUGAUGUUCUAUGAGGAGGACCUGACUGAGAGCAGCAUAGACGUCACUGACGCCUCAUUGUAUUCUGGGAUUUGCACUGAGAUCUUUAAGGAGGAAUCUGUGAUCCAUCAGAGGAAAGUCUACUGCUUCAUUCAUCUGAGCUUUCAGGAGUUUCUUGCUGCUUUCUUUGUGUUUUAUUCCAUUGUUGUCAAGAAUGAGCAAUCACUGAAUUCAUUUCUGGGUUUCCAAUGUCCAUGGUACAGUCAGAAAGACUCUCUGUAUAAGCUACUAAGAAAGGCAGUUAAUAAAUCCCUACAUAGUAAAAAUGGACACCUUGAUCUUUUCCUGCGGUUCCUGCUGGGCGUCUCACUGGAGUCCAAUCAGAGAAUCUUACAGGAUCUACUGACACACACAGCGAACAGUUCAGAGAUCAUCACAAGAAUCACACAUUACAUUAAGGAGAAAAUCAGUGCUGAACAUCUCUCAGCUGACAGAUGCAUCAAUCUGUUCCUCUGUCUGCUGGAAAUGAAGGAUCAGACUCUGUACAGAGAAAUUCAGGAGUUUGUGAAAUCAGAGAAUCAUUCAGUGAGAAAACUCUCUCCAUCUCAAUGCUCAACAGUUGCCUACAUGUUUCAGAUAUCAGAGGAGGUGCUGGAUGAGUUUGAUCUGAAGAAAUACAACACAUCAGCUGAGGGUAGAAGGAGAUUGAUACCAGCUGUUGGAAAAUGCAGAAAAGCUCUACUUGCCGCCUGUAAUCUCACUCGUCAUUGCUGUGAAAGUUUGUCUUCAUCUCUACAAUCAUCAGACUCACUGAGAGAGCUGGACCUGAGUAACAAUGACCUGCAGGAUUCAGGAGUGAAGCGUCUAUUUGGUGGAUUGAAGAGUUCACACUGUCAACUCAACAUACUGAGACUUGCUGGCUGUAAUCUCACUGAUCAGUGCUGUAAAAGUUUGUCUUCAUGUCUACAAUCAUCAAACUCACUGAGAGUGCUGGACCUGAGUAACAAUGACCUGCAGGAUUCAGGUGUGAAACUUCUGUCUGAUGGACUGAAGAGUUUGCACUGUCAACUCAACAUACUGAGAUUAUCUGGCUGUAUGGUGACAGAGAAAGGCUGUUGUUUUCUGGCUUCAGCUCUGAGUUCAAACCCCUCACACCUGAGAGAGCUGGAUCUGAGCUACAAUCACCCAGGACAAUCAUUAGUCAAGCUGCUCUCUGAUCCAAACUACAGACUGGACAAACUCAAUGUGGAUCAUGGAGGACAGAUCAGGACUACAACAGGACCACAGAAAUAUGCAUGUGAUCUGACUCUGGAUUCAAACACAGCAAACACUCAUCUCAUUCUCUCUGAGAGGAACAGAAAGAUGAAAUGUGUGAAAGAAAAGCAGCCGUAUCCUGAUCAUCCAGAGAGAUUUAUGUGUCAUCAGGUUCUGUGUAGAGAGAGUCUGUCUGGACACUGUUACUGGGAGGCUGAAUGGGGCGGGUCUUGGGUUUAUAUAUCAGUGGCAUAUAAAGGAAUCAGUAGGAAAGGACAGAGUGAUGACUGUUUGUUUGGAUCCAAUAAAUGGUCCUGGAGUUUGAUCUGUUAUAAGGGUGGUUUCACUGCCUGUCAUAAUUAUACGACCAUGGUCGUACUUGCCCCUUCACUUCGCUCUAACAAAGUAGGAGUGUAUCUGAACUGGUCGGCCGGCACUCUGUCCUUCUACAGCGUCUCUGACAAACACACACUCACACACAUACACACAUUCAGCAGCACAUUCACUGAACCACUCUUUGCUGGAUUUAGAGUUUUUUCUGAUAGUUUAGUGUCUCUGUGUAAAAUUAAACCUGUAAGGAGUUGAACCUGAAAUUUGAGUGAUAGAAACACACUCACAUUUUCUCCCUCUUUAACUCAAACAGCUGGUAAUUCUCUCUUUUGUAAUUUUACUUUGGGUUUAUAUAAAAAUACACAUUCCCUUUAACUCAAGAUUACUCAGAUAUCAUCAGUACUCAGCCUCAGCAUGACUUUACCUGUAUUUUAAAUUACACAUUUCAUUUUGUGUUUUAGGGUUACAGGUAAUGUCUGUAAACGUAAUGCAUGAAGGUAGAAAAUUGCGAGUACCUUUUAUGUUUAUUUAAAUAUUUUUUCUUACAAUGUGUCUAAUUUAAUUCACAUGUGAUGUGUGAACUGUUAGACAACACUCUGCCUGAGGAGUUGAUCAAUGGUUUUCUUCUUUUUGUGUAAUUUAAAGGAAAAAUGUAUGCCUCUUUUAAUCAUUUGUCACUUUUUGCUAAAAAGCUGCCAAAUAAAUGUUUAACAGUGGCUUUUUUAAAAAAAUAAAUAAAAAUUUGUUGUCUUUUGGGGGAAAAUUAGUUGCUAGGGUUGUCUGAAAAUGUAAAUUAAAUUAAAUUUAGCAACAAAAUUGCUAAGUUGGCAACACUGUACCUGGUGGAAUAUUUAGUUUUUCACUCACAUUGAGCAGUAGGAAAGCAGUUGCAAUUUCAAAAAGAUUUCUUC